AUACGGCCCCCAUACUCAAUAGCAGAGAGAAAUCUUAACCGGAGUCAGCCAUUCUAUAGUCUUUAGGCUUACGGGUCGGAUCCGGAUGUCGUGCUCUCGACGCCGCGUUUCUGAACUUUGUUAAUAAACAAUUGAGAAAUAUGGUACCUCUCGGCCCAUCGCCGGGACACCAAACGUCCGUCAAUAAUUCUUCCAGCGCGGCUGCCAGCGGGACGAAAAACGCGAUAUUGAAGUCCAACUAUACGCUAAAGUAUACCUUGGCAGGUCACACUAAGGCAGUAUCGUCCGUUAAGUUCAGUCCCAAUGGAGAGUGGCUGGCCAGUUCGGCUGCUGAUAAGCUCAUCAAAAUUUGGGGCGCUUACGACGGAAAGUUUGAGAAGACCAUAGCUGGCCACAAGCUCGGUAUUUCUGAUGUAGCGUGGUCUAGUGAUAGUAGAUUGCUGGUAUCAGCUUCUGACGAUAAGACCUUGAAAAUAUGGGAAUUGAGUUCCGGUAAAUGUUUAAAAACGUUGAAGGGUCACAGUAAUUACGUUUUCUGUUGUAACUUCAACCCACAAUCCAACCUCAUAGUUUCUGGUUCUUUCGACGAAAGUGUGCGGAUUUGGGAUGUAAGGAGCGGGAAAUGUCUUAAAACCUUGCCGGCACAUUCAGAUCCUGUGAGCGCGGUACACUUCAAUAGGGAUGGUUCUUUAAUCGUUUCGAGUAGUUAUGACGGAUUAUGUCGAAUUUGGGAUACUGCGUCAGGUCAGUGUCUGAAAACCUUGAUAGAUGACGACAAUCCUCCAGUAUCGUUUGUCAAAUUUUCGCCGAACGGUAAAUACAUUCUGGCAGCAACGCUGGACAACACAUUGAAACUGUGGGAUUACAGUAAAGGGAAAUGUCUGAAAACGUACAGCGGCCACAAAAACGAGAAAUAUUGCAUCUUCGCGAACUUCUCUGUAACAGGUGGAAAAUGGAUUGUAUCCGGUUCUGAAGAUCACAUGGUGUACAUUUGGAAUCUGCAGACGAAAGAAAUAGUACAAAAGCUACAGGGGCAUACAGAUGUGGUACUUUGCACAACGUGUCAUCCAACGGACAACAUUAUAGCUUCGGCCGCCCUCGAGAAUGACAAAACUAUCAAACUAUGGAAAAGCGAUACAUAAGGAUACACAAUAAGCAAUAUACAUUUUGUAAAUUCAUUGCUGUUACUAUUUGCUGUACAAAUCUCUGUGUUUUUAUGUUAAAGAAAGAACGAUUACAUUGUAAAGCAUAGAUCAUAGACAUUAGAUAAAGUAAAAUGCUAUUUUA